AUGGCCGAUAGGUUCGGCGAGGAAUCAAGGUCGCAAUCGUCACCUGAACAGGAACCUGAUAUCGAUAUGGCAGCACCAUUCUUUGUCACAGACGACGUACAGAAACUGACUUAUGGAAACCACCGCGAGAGAAUGCAUAAUAUUAUGCAGUUUUUCCGACCUGGUCGAGGCAAAGGAGAGAAGGUUGACCUUAUUAUGAAGCUGCGAACCCUUAUCAUCGCUGAUUUAAAUCAAUGCACACUCUGUUCGGUUCAGGAGUGGGUGGAAGAGGGCUCCGGAGAUGAUCAUGCUGAUACGCAUAGGAUUGAUGCGUGUUACUACCAAAAUCAUUCUCAUGAAGCGUCGAUCUGGCUAAAUGCUUUUCGAGAAUACAAUGCACGAGUUGAUGGACCAGGAGCACGAUGCUGCUAUUGCCGAUUCCCUGACCAACUGUGCUGGCGGACAUUACACCGCCAAAUGCUGGAUGACAAGUACGGGAAUGAAACGGAAGCGAAAGAAAAGACGGGCAAGCCUUAUCCAGAUGCUCCUUGUAAUUGGCUAAAACCUAUCCUGGAGUUCAUUGCCGCAUGCAUGGUGGCUGAAGGCAAGAUUGAGGGGACGGGUUUGAGCUUGGUAGGCGCCACUGCGCUACACUAUAUGGGAUGGGAGGAUUGGAAGGGUCUGGAGGAGAACGGCCCAGAUGUUCUCCGACCGUGGUUGGAGGAGGCGGACAGCAUCCAAAAGCUGCGAUGCCCGCGUUUGCUCACGCUGUACUGGCUGCUUGCGAGCGUGAGGCACGUGGAUAUGGAUUUGGAUCUUGAUUCUGAAAGAGAUUCAGACAGCGACUUCGAGAUGGAUCUGCAAGAUGACUGA